AUGUCUCUACAGACCACAUACUUGACCGACGGCAACUGGGAAAGGCGGCAAAUUAACAUUGGAGAAAUUAUGUCCAGCAAUCAAGUUACUUUGAAUGAUGAUGCUGCGAGCAAGCCAAGUCGACGGAAGGUUCCACUCACCGGGUUGCUUUCUCGGACGGUGAUCCCUGGUCCUGUGAUCCAACGAGUAUUACCUGCCCGGCUCAGACAUCGUAAUAAAGACGACAUAGUCUUCGUAGGGGAUAAUUUUAUACAGAUCAAGGAACUCGUCACCAGCGGCUAUCUGGAAGACGUCACUACGAAGGCAGAUUUUGAUACCAAAAUCCUCGAUGCCAAAGUUAUUGGAGACCCCGGAAAUGUGAUCCCUGAACUGCAAUUGGGAGAAGGGGUCGGAUUGGGUUCAUCUUCUCGUAUGCCCUCCGAAGAUCACUGGCACCGGCAGAUUCUUGUUCUAGUUCUGGCUUCCAGGGAACUACUUUUUCUUUAUGGAACGGAAAGCUUUUCAGGUCGCCCGGAAUUCAUUCAUGUACGACGCCCUUUGCCAUCAGAUGUGAGCUCCCUUGAACAAUACGGCAGAUAUAUUGCGAUCGAUCCUAGAUCGAGAGCGAUGGCGGUUUCAGCAGCGCAUAAAUUUUUCGGAAUUUUCUCCCUAAAGCCCCCAUCUGUUAUUCGCUCAGAAAUGCAGGAAGGGCCGGUUAAUCCAAUUCAAGAGGAACGCUUCUUUCGUGCUGAUGGAGAUAUAGUAGCUAUGGAUUUCCUCUACCCGGCCUCUGGAGAUGAGGAUAGGAUAAUACUAAUGCUACUGGUAAACAAUCUUACGAAGACUAAUAUCGCCUGCUAUACCUGGAAAGCUGCCGAGGGUGUUGCAAAUGCCGAGGCCAAGAGGAUUAAAUCAAGGGUAUCACCGGAGUUCCGACUUCCUUCGCUAUUUAUCCCCUUGAAAUUUGCAACCUCAUGUCUGCUAGUUUCCCAAGCUGGAUAUUGCUUCUACGAAAUUAACGUAUUGGACAGUACAGUGUCAAUGAAAAAGAACAGUUCGGAUGAACGUGGAGAAGAUGACCUUUAUUUGUGUCGCCAGGAUGGUGAGCUGUCGUACCUAGAAAUUCAGAAGGUGACUGGGGACGCUUGGUGUCAUCUGAAAGACAUUCGCAUAAAAUCAAUUGGCUGCAAUGUCGACAGAGGCUUUGCCAUUCUUGACUCUGGGUUUAAAGCUGGAGGUGAUAUACUUGUGGCAGCAGGCUGUAUGGGUGACGGUGGCCUCUUCCUGUUGGAUGCUAGGACGGAUUCGAGAUGUCUCCAACGGAUCCCGAAUUGGGCUCCUGUUCUUGAUUCAGUUCUAAUACAAAGUCGUGAUUCGCAGGGAGCGGAAAACCAUCAAAAUGGACGCAAUGAUGUGGACUUUGCCUACGAUCGGAUCUUUACAUGUUCGUGGGAUGGUCUUUAUCGCGGGUCAAUUACCGAAUUGCGCCAUGGAAUCGAGGCCCGAGUCGGGCUGGUGAUUGUCCAGGAAGAUUUGUUAAGUAUUUUGGACUUAUGGGCCAUUCCAAACCGACAAACAGGAGGGACAUAUUUCUUGUUCUCAAGCCCACUAUCAUCCUCAGUUAUUUCACUCCCCGUCGAUGCUGAAGAUGAAUUAUAUGCGAUGAACGAGGAGGAUACUGGCCUUGACCUCGACACUCAAACCAUUGCCGCAGGAAGCUCCCGGGAAGGGGUGGUCAUCCAAGUCACAGAUAUGUCGAUUCACUUAUCCACUUUCGAGAAUACGUCACUUCGCUACUCAACGCGAUGUCAAAACCCGACUGAACGAAUUAUCGCUGCUGCUGUUAGUGGAACCUUGUCACUCUUUGCUGCAGCAGUCAGGACAGCCUCAAAUAUCCAUGUUCAUCUUCGGAAGGUAGAAAUCAACGAUGGUAGCAUUCAAUGUCCCACUAUUGGGCAACCUCUACCGUUAUCUUGCGAGCCAGUUAACUUGACAAUCGAACUAGUGCUUUCGCACCCUGUCCUCUUAAUUGGGACCACUGAAGGAACACUCAUCGUUGCACGAAGCGACCCCGUUCAAGGGCUUGUGCCCUUAUUGGAGCAAACCAUUGUCCUAUUCCCCGAAAAUGAUAAAUCGGCAGUUUGCGAAAGCUUCUCGGUUCUUUCCAUCCCUAUGCGUGAAAGCCCGAAAACAAAAUUGUUUUGUGGGCUUCGGAGUGGCACCAUGGUCUCAUUCGAUGUGCGGCUUGAUAGAGACUCUGGGAACAUUGCACUGAUUCAAACCAACACCUAUAGGCUAGGCAAUACGUCCGUUCGGAUUCGAAGAUAUGAAUCAGACACCACUUUCGCUAUUGUAACUUGUGGGCGCGGUUUAUGGCGCCUAUCUAUCAUUGAAGACGAAGAAUCUGAUGAGUGUAUUCUUCAUAGGAUAUGGGUCACAGACCAAAAUAAUCCUGCCCGAAUUCAAUCUACCAUCGACGUGUUUACUUGCAUCGACUCUGGGCCAGAUUUGAAUUCGGGAGCACUUGGUGUUGUUGCGUAUAAUUUUGUUGAAUUGAAAGAGAAUGCAGAGUGCACGAACCGCUGGAGACGCCCGCGUGUGGACUUCAUCGACCCGGACGACGAAAAUGCUGCAUCGUCUUCUACGACUAUAAUUGGUGAACCGGCGGGCUUAUCAGAGGUUAAACCCGGGCCAUGGAGACCGACUGGUGGAUCCGGCGAAGAAGUCACUGCAAUAUUAGAUUGGAGUGUCUCGAGCGGUGAUAACGUGCAUCAUAUGGUCGUAGUCACCACAGUUCAACCGCACUCUGCCCAUCGAGGCCGGGUGAUAUAUAUAGUCGCCCGCCCAAGCACUCGAGUUCCGGGCCAAAUAGACUCAACAGUGAAACACUCUUUCAAAUACGAAGACCCCAUCAGAUCGAUAGCACCCUUCAAACCCAGCUCGUUAGUUCUAGCAGUUGGCGCGCAGGUUAUUUUCCAAACUUUAGACCCAGUUGCAAAGAAAUGGCGGAAAUGCCCUGGAUACCACCUAGAGUCUGAUGCUGUCGCCGUCACCGUGCGGGAACCUUACAUAUACGUCCUAACCCUAAAAAAUUCUCUCUGUAUUCUUCAGGCCACCGACUCAGGCCUUACUCUGCACGGCCAGGACGGAUCCGACAGGGAAGGGCUCGACCUCGUCAACCUACAAGAUCACUCCCGGAUAACCAUGACAUCAAACCUAGGUGGCGCCAUUGUAGGCCUUACAGAAGUGGGACUCACUCCCGAAGAUAAACUCCUUCAAAAGGCUUUCACAGCCCACAUGCCACUAUCCGCCAUUCGGCUAUCCAGAAGUUCCCGACCAGUCGCAACGGCACUGUGCUCAUGCUCUGAGGUGACGUACGGCACCUCGAUUGAUGGCACGGUAUAUAGAUUCAUGACCUUGACCGAGCCUCAGUGGCGUCUACUACGAUUUAUCCAGAAUGUGUGCAUGAAGGAUCCAUCCAUAUGUUCGCUGGCAAGGCGCAGGCGGAGAAACUCCGUUGACACGUGGGAGGUGACGGUUUCCAAGCCCGAGUCAUUACACGUUAAUGGGGAUAUACUGGGUAAUCUGGUUGCGGGAGGUAUUAGGCAAUUGAGACGUGUGAUGGGAGCAGAAGAGGCAGAGAACUGCAUGGCCGAAAGCUCUGAUGGUGGUCGUGGUGGAGACAAAGUAGGUAGGUUUCUAGAGUAUGCGGCUGCGAUUGUUCCUGGGAGUGAGGAUCCGUUUGCUGCUGUUAUGUCUUGGAUGCGCUCUAUGGUGCAAAUUUCCCUUAGGCAGCAAUUCAAGUGA